CCUAAAAUAAAUAUCCAUUAAUGGUGUAAUAAAGUGGGCGGUGUGGUGAGUGAGUCGCUGAUAGAUGUGAAUGAUUGGAGUAAUAUCCGUUACGUUUCCAUAUUAAUAUUACACACUCUUGCUUCAUUGCUCAACUGCGCCUGCGACUCAACUAGCAAAGAGGGAAAGCGCCGCAACCGCAUGGAGCUCGAUUCAACUGCAUCCGGUGAAGACACCUCAAACACGAGCUGCACCUUCUGCUGCUUCGGUUCCCGUCGUUCCACCACCGCCGACUUACCAUGGUGGGACCGCAUGCGAUCUUGGUCAGCACCUCGCUCCGAAGCGCAACCGAUAACCGGAACUGCCGGUGACCACUGGUGUUCGCGUGGGUUCAUGAGAGUCCGCGAGUGGUCGGAAAUUGCGGCGGGACCACGCUGGAAAACUUUUAUUAGGCGGUUCAACCGGAACAGAAGUGGAGGUUUUCGGCAUGCGGGGAAAUACCAAUACGAUCCUUUGAGUUACUCCUUGAACUUUGACGAGGGUCCGGGACAGAACGGGGAUUUCGAAGAUGACUCUCCUGACGGAUUUAGGAAUUUUUCCGCCCGUUAUGUCGCUGCUACUCCUUUAAAAUCCGUUUCGACUGAUUUAGAACAGAACGUCGUCGUUUCAAGCUAAGAAUGGUGAACUUUUAGAGUUUAAGACUAUCUUUGGGUUGAUGGAAUACGGUGGAAUGAAAUUAUUUUUUGAAGAAGAAUUAUCAUUAUGCAGGGACGGGUGUGUGUAUCUGUAUAUUCUACUAGUACAAUUUCAGCUGUUCAUUUUAUAAAAUUUAUUGAAGAUAUUUUUUUGGCAGGAGUUUUUAUUUACGAAUUGUAGUUUUAUUUUUUCCUGUUUCGGUUUCCAGAAUGUAAUUUUUCAGCAUCAAUUUUCAUAAUAUUCUUUAAA